GGUGAAUAUGUGAUGUUGAUUUUGCACAUUAACAAGCCAAAUUAACCACAGAACUACAUGGAGAGGACAAGCAGUAUCAAUGAUCAAGAACUUAAAUUCAGAGCUUUCGUGGGUGCUGUAUGUCAUUGAUGGAGCUCAAGGUGUGUGUGGAGGGUGUGAUCCGGGUGGUGUGUGGCAUAUCCCAAACAACUUCUUGUCAGGAUGUUGUCAUUUCUCUUGCACAGGCAAUUGGCCAAACCGGCCGUUACAUUCUAAUCUUGAAAUUACGGGCACAGAGAGGCAGCUAGGUGCCAAAGAAUGUCCGCUGCAGCAUCUGAAUAAGCUUGGACAGUUGGCUUCAGAGGUUCAUUUCCUACUGCGACGGACUGGUCCCAGCCUGAGCGAUCGGCAAGAAAAAUCAUCCAGAAUCAUUCACCCUGGUCUGCUCAAAACACAAGACUCAGAGCCCCCUGUGAAUUUUCUCGAUUCUCACUACCCACCAAUGAUGAAUGGCACUUCCUCCUCCUGCAAAGAGGUGCUAUUUAGGCAGAUUCUGCAGAAACACAGGAUGCUAAAAGUCUUGCAGCUUCAGCUUCAAGAUCUGGAAGAUGAGAUGGAGUGGUGGAAACAAGAAAAGGCAUCUGCUAAAAUUCCUGGAUGGAACUGUGCCACCACAAAUGAACUAGACCAACUGGAGCAAUGCUUCAGAAAUAACGAGGCAGAGUUGAUGCAGAAUCAUUUAUGGAGCGAGAGGUUACAGGAAGAAACAGACAGAGAACAAGAAUUGCAGAGCGGCCUACACCAGAUCCAUUCAUCAGUAGAUGAUUACAGUCAACGCAUCGAAGAGCUUCUUGUCCGUUCUUCCCCCGAAAAUCGGACCUCAACUCUCGCAUCCAGCAGGGAGAACUGAAUGACACAUUGUCAAGGAGUAUGAAAUAUCUACAAACUACAGUGGAAAGUCGUAGGGUAUGAAUUUUCAUUUCUUUUCCCCUGAUUGGAAUUACAGCCCACCAAAAUAGGUAUUGGGUGUCACGAUUCAAACCACCCCUGCUGAAGUUCACUGGCAUUUCCUCAAAUUGGCCGGUGUUAAUGUGAAGACACGCAUGACUGUUGCUUUUGUUUUUUGAGAGAUUCCAGCCAGAUUUUAUUUUUUUCUAAUAUAAUCUACAUCAUUCUUUGCGGAAAAUUGAGACAAUUGAGGUGCUGAAAAUUAAUCUGAUACAGUGUAUCUUGUAGGAUUUUAUUCAGCAGAGCAGUGGUGCGUCACUUGGAGACUUGGAGCCUGUCCUCAGCAAUGCUGGCAUUAAGGGAUGGGUCUGACCUGCUGAUGGAAUUUAUGGUGAAUAAUGUGUAUUGGUGCUCGAAAUUUAUUCAUGUGUAACUCUUUAUUUGUAUUCGCUACCCCCAGAAGGACCCAUGCUAUAGUGUUUUUGGAUAACGUUUGUAAUAAAUUAACCCAAAAUUCACCAACUAUUCAAUUAUUUGAUAGCAACAUUGCAGUCUCAGUUUAUAUCUUUGUUUUGCAACGUUAAAAUUGUUCAUUAUUUUAAAAAUGUAUUCUGGAUAAAACCUAUUUUUAUAUUGCUAAACAGGAGUAGUUACAAGAAAACGGUUUGGUCAAACCUCAAAAGCCCAUAAAAGGGGAAACACUACCAUCUACUGGCUUCCGUGAGACAGUGCACAGGUUGCAAAAGUAAACGUCCAAAAUAAUGUGAAAGAAAAUAUACAUGCAUAGCUUAUUGGCUGGCAACCAGUUCAGGGUGUACCCGGCCACCUGCCCGAUUAUAGCUAGGAU